AUGGUUUCCACAUACGUCUGCCUUAUCAUUGCUAUGCUCUGUGUAUCCUUUAAUCAAGUUUUACCGUAUCCAUCAGCCUUCUAUUCGGAUGAGAUUCCACCGUCUAUUCUUGACGAUUUGUAUUUAACUCGACGACAAGUGUUCGAUCCGUAUGGAUUUAACUCAAUAUUAAGUCGAUUUGUUGAUCACGAACCGUACUACAACCUGCAGAAGAAGAGAACUAUUGAACUGGUUCAAGAUGAUAUUUACGACGGUAUAUGA